AGUUACGAAAAAAGAUGACGGUUCUUCUCCGUCGGAUGCUUUUAUCACAGUGCCAGCUUCCAAGAUUUUUCUGCACACCUUCGAAUUCAUCUGUUGAAGAAAGAUACGACCAUCUGAUGCGUGAAGCGCUCUCAGACACUGGAACUAUAGCUGAGAACUGGAGUACAGGAAGCACAAAGCAGGCUCAUGAUUUCAUGGUCGUUCAUCCGAAGGUGCGGUGGGGUUCAUCUUCUGCUUCGAAGUUAAGGGAUCCACAAAAGCAACUCGACGAGGCUGUCACCUUGGUAAAUACUUUACCAGGGUUCCGAGUUGUGGAGUCGACUGUGAUGGGUGUCGACUAUAACACGAAACGCAAGACAGUCUGGGGAAGAGGGCAGAUCGAGACGCUUCUGAGAAAAAAGAUGCAGUCACGAGUAAGUGCGCUGAUGGUCAAUGUGGACAUGCUCACUCCAGUCCAACAGCAAGCACUGUUCAACCUUUUUCACGUUCCUAUCUAUGACCGCUACAACAUAGUGUUAUCGAUUUUCAAGCAUUAUGCGAGAACCGAAGAAGCUUGGCUGCAGAUUCAGCUUGCGGAAAUUCCCUAUAUCAGAAGCCGGCUGCACCAUUUGAAUAAGUUUCGCUCCGAUCCAGCUACACUACAUGUGGAGCGGCAGCCUGAGCGGGCCAGUGUAGAUGAAUUCGAAGUACUACGAUUACGAGAGCAAACUUUACGGAAGAAGUUGCAACAGGUUAUCGAGAAAAAUGUGGACAAAGUGACUGAAGACACUAGAGAUGCUGCCAUGGUCGCUGUUGUAGGAUAUACAAAUGCUGGUAAGACGAGCCUUGUGAAAUGCCUCACUGGUGCUGCCAGUCUGCUGCCAAAGGACAGGUUGUUUGCCACCCUUGACACAACUCGGCACCCAGCAAGGCUUCCAUCAGGGCGAAAAGUGGUUUUCACUGAUACGAUUGGCUUUCUCAGCGAUCUUCCUAUGCAUUUGCUUGCAGCUUUUCAAGCAACUCUUUCGCAUGUCAGCUUAGCGGAUGUUAUUAUACACAUUCGCGACGUUUCCAAUCCCGACUGGCCAGCGCAAAGCGAAGACGUAGAAAAAACUCUGGAAAAUAUCGGUUUGUCGCGAGCCAGCAUUGGAGACAUAAUCAUAGCUGAUAAUAAGAUUGACGUUGAAGGAGCUGCAGUGUCAUCCACACCAGGUGCCAUAAGAAUAUCCUGCAAAACAUCUGAGGGUGUAGAUGAAUUGAUUGCGAAAGUUGAUGAGAAAGUUCUACGAUCCACGGGUUGCAAACAAAGGCGAUUAAGACUCAAGUAUUCAUCUCCUGCGAUACCUUAUUUGUACAAAGAAGGAUUUGUGUCCAAAGAGCCGGCAACUACUGACUCACAUCUUGUUUUCGAUGUAUUCAUGAAUGACGCCGAAUUCGCAAGGUUUCAAAAAGCGACGGGUAAUCUGAAAAGAAAAGCGCAGUGAGCUGAGCUUUUUUGUUUGGAUAUACUUAUGGUGCAGUACGGAGUAGUUUUGAUAGUUUCAUAGGGGACCUUUGUUAAUUUUUUUCCUUUGCUGAAUGAUAUGCUUAAGUUCGGCGGGUGUACAGUGCAAAAAUAGCACGUAAUAAUAAUUGAUGAAAUUGUUGUAAAUUGCUUGGAACAGUGCUCUAUAGUUGCUGCAUUAGGUUUCUCUAGUGUUUUUGUCCGUUUUCUGAUAUGCGUUCGUUAUCUUUUUGAAAAUCUUCAGUGUUUAAUUUCACAAAUUAUGCAUGUUUUCUUUGAUGGCACAACAUUGGUUAUUGCAACCAUAAUGCUUCAGCUUUCAUUUUUUAAAUCUAGGCUAGCUGACCGCCAUG